UUAUUAUGCGGUGGCCAUAACUGAUUGCACUUCCAUUGUUGAGGCACGUUGAUUCAUAAAAUACCUGUAUUGUGUGUUAUACUCUUUAGGAUUAUCGAUAGUAGCAAUGGGAGGGAUUCUACAUACAUGUAUUGCGGUGGUUGUACUUCUGCUAGCAUUUGUAUUAGGAGUAGCGUUCAUUUUUGAGCAAAAAAUACAAGACCUCCAAAAUGAGCUAGCUUCCUUGAAACGAAAGAGAAGUGAAACGAAAGUAGAGUUACUUGACAAUACAGGUUCUUUGUUCACGAGAUGGGGAAGAUCCGAUUGCCCGACCACAGCUACAUUGAUUUACAAAGGUUACACUGGUGGAUCAUUGUACACCCACAAAGGCGCUGCCUCGAAUUAUCUCUGCCUUCCAGAGAACCCUCAAUGGGGAACACGAUCUCUCAAUAAUAACUUUAAAGCAUUUGUGUAUGGGGCUGAAUACGAAAAUAUUUUUUUCGGAGAAAAUGCUCUUCAACAGGAUGUUCCAUGCAGUGUGUGUAAAACAAAAACGGGAACCAAUUCCGUAAUGAUUCCGGCCAGAACUUCGUGCUAUGACGGCUGGACAAUUCAGUACAAAGGAUAUCUAGGAGCAGGCUACCAUGACCAUCCUGCAAGUACGGAGUACAUCUGUGUUGAUGAAAAUGUUCAAUUUGUUCCUGGAGGAUAUGAAAAUAAGAAUGGUGUACUUAUAUACUCAGUGGUUGCCAAAUGUGGAUCAUUAAGAUGUCACCCAUACAUAGAAAACAAACCUAUAGCAUGUGUUUUGUGUUCUAAUUAAAAACAAUUAUGAUUAACAUUUUCAAUUUGUUUUCUAAAAUAUGGUUUAAAAAUUAUUUUCAAAUUAUUCUUUAAAAAAUAUUAAAAUUAAACUUAACAAGAGAAAAGAAUUUAAUAACGAAUGAAGAAACUUCAUGUAUAAUCAUUAUAGUUUUGAUUCUUCGUUAAGUGUUUAAU